AUGACAGGAACAACACCAACACCAACACCCUCCACCCUCCCCACCCGCUCCCCACCAACCAACACAACCAUCCUCAUCUCCGGCGCGGGCAUCGGCGGGCUCUUCACGGCCCUCGAAUGCUGGCGCCUUGGCUUCACGGUCCGCAUCCUCGAACGCGCCGCCUUCUCCUCCGCGCAAGGCGACAGCGUAACCAUCGGGCCCUCCGCCCUCUCCAGCCUGCGCAACUGGCCCUGGCUGCACGGGCGCAACCUCGAAAUCACCGAAACGCCGCUGCUGUACUACUGCAACCACCGCGGCGAGCGGCUCAGCGGCCCGAUCGAUAUGGACGCCGUGGUCGCCAGCGGGAGGGUGUAUAUGCAUGCGAGGCCGCGGUUGCAUGAGAUGUUACUGACUCAAUUGAGGGCUUGUGGGGUGGAGGUGGAGUAUGGAAGGAAGGUCGUUGGGUACUAUGAGGAUGAGGGGAGGGGGAAGGGCGGUGUGGUGGUGCAGGGUGGGGAGAGGGUGGAGGGGGAUGUGGUUGUUGCGGCGGAUGGGGUGCAUACGCGGAGUUGGGAAUUGGUGCAGGGGGAGGAGGUUGGGGCGAGGAGUAGUGGGCAUGGGAUUUUGAGGGCGGCGUUUGGGGUGGAUGUUGCGAUGGCGGAUGAGGCUGUUAGGGAGAGGUGGCCGUUGGAGGAGGGCGGGAGGGCCGUGGUGGAGUUGUGGGUUGGGCCGGAUGUUUACUGCACGUUUCUCAGGAGUAAGGAUCGCUUUACGUGGACUCUUACGCAUCCGGAUCAUGGUACAGCAGAAGAGUCCUGGUCUCAUAAGGUCGAUGUCGAGGAAGCUCUAAAGUUCACAGCAAAGAUCCCUGAUUUCCCAGACUACGCCAACCGGCUGAUCAAGCUGACACCUCCAGACAAAUUAAUCGACUGGAAACUGAUGUGGCGAGACCCCAAUUCGCAGUGGACUUCCCCCGGUGGACGAGUGAUCCAGCUCGGCGAUGCAGCGCAUUCAUUCCUGCCAUCCUCCGGCAACGGCGGCACCCAAGCAAUCGAAGACGCCAUCUCCCUCGCAACCUGCCUCUCCCUAGCCCACACCACGCACCAACCCCUCCCCCUCGCCCUGCGCAUCCACAACCUCCUCCGCUUCGAGCGCGUCUCCUGCCUGCAAGCCUUCGGGGUCCUAAACCGCGACGCGCGCAACACGAAGAACAACGACCCCAAGGACAAGAAGCACGAAGUCCGGCUGGGCAAGUGGAUCGUCGAGCAUGAUCCGGAGGUUUACGCGAGGGAGCGGUGGGAUGAGGCGGUUAGGUGUGUUGGGGAGGGGAGGGAGAAGGAGUGGAGGAAUGGGAAUGUGCCGAAGGGGAUGGUGUAUGUUCCUUGGACGAUUGAUGGGUUGAUGGAGGCGAGGGGGAGGGGGGAGAGGACGGUGCUGGAUGGGGAUUGGAGUUAG